CUCAUACCUCAGUUCUUCAGCUUAAGCCAACUACGUUUUACCGGAAUAAACUGAGUAAAGGCCUGCAUUUAAUUAAUGAAAGAGGACUUCACAGAAGAGCCAAUUACUUCCACUGCAUCUGAAGAACAGCUGAGUUUGGAUUCAAGACGCUGAGCAUUUAAAAUCAAAUGUGAACUUGGAGCAGCAUUGCUUAUCAGACAGAUCUCUUGUUUUGUUUUGCACUGUCAGGGACCUAAUUUGUUUCCUCUGACAGAGGGAACAACCUCAAGGCUGCGCCACUACGUCUACCGUGCAGCUUUUGCAGUAAGUAAUCUGUCUUUUUUAAUUGUCCAUGACAAUGCCAGUGGUCAAAGUGGAGAAAGACUCUCCAGCAGAUACCACCUUGCUUGCCUCCAAUCCUCCACCACAGACAGAGGAGCAGCCCAGAGGUCGGAGGAGAAAGAGACCUCUCCAGCGCGGGAAACCGCCAUACAGCUACAUUGCACUAAUCUCCAUGGCUAUAGCCAACUCCCCUGACCGCAAACUGACACUGGGGGGUAUCUACAAAUUCAUCACAGAGCGCUUCCCCUUCUACAGAGACAAUUCAAAGAAAUGGCAAAACUCCAUUCGCCAUAAUUUGACUCUCAAUGAUUGUUUUAUCAAGAUCCCUCGAGAGCCAGGACGACCAGGGAAGGGCAACUACUGGGCACUGGACCCAAAUGCUGAGGACAUGUUUGAGAGUGGCAGCUUUCUGAGACGCAGGAAGAGGUUUAAGCGCUGUGACUUGAGCACAUACAGUUCAUAUGUGCAUGAGACGUCAGUUUUUACUCCUGUCCAGAUUACCAGGCCAGCUGCAUACACCAACUCAGUCUAUCCCAACGUGACACUCAGUCCAACAUAUGGACAGCAGCUGCCCUCUGCCUACUAUCCCUCUUCAUCACCUCCGGGGUUUGGGCACAGUCAGACUCGCAUGUUCAGCAUCAACAACAUCAUAGGACACCCGACUCCACCCAGCAUGCUGGCAGGCCAAGGACCAGAGGUGAUGCCGCAGCAAAGCCGGAGCUUCAGUCCUGAGGGGCUUCCAAAUGGAUCCAGUCCCUGCAGCUUGGGAGCCCCGGGUUUCCAGAGUCAACCAUGUGGGGGAUCUGUGCCACCCCGCUCAUCUACACAUCCGGCGUUCACCUACUCUGGACAAAACAGUCAUCUGCACCAACACACACACCCGGGCUCAUACGGACAGGGUCACAGCCAGGGCAUGGGGUAUGCAGGAGGAGGACGGAUCCACACCUCAGCUCACGGCCCUGCAGAAACAGUGGACCAUUACGGCAGGGUCUCCCCAAUGCAGUUGGGGACUUUCUCCCAGUAUAACAGCACUGCAGGUCCUAUUGCCAACACUGGGGGAUACCUCAGACACUCCACCUACCCGGGGAAUAUGGACCGUUUUGUUUCUGCCAUCUAAGAUACUGAGAACACAAAGCCAAGCAUCUCAUGAUUUUUUGUUUGUUUUUUAAUAGAGACUUAAGAUGGCACCGAAUGAGCCAGACAUUUCUGUGCACAAAAUCCGACUGCUUUGUCUUUGUUCAUGACAUUUAUCAAGGACAAAACUGAGCAGACUGACCUGUCUCAACACCGCUGUGAUUUUCUCAGUAAUUUUAGAACCCAUUUUCAAUGCUGAUAACUUACU